UGCCGUUCCAACGCUACGGCACAGUCGAAUAUGGGCCAAUACACAUGCACGGAACUCGCAGAGAGGUAUUGUCUCACAGUCGAUCAUUUUUUCCUAUUGAACCCUCUGCUUGAUCCUCACUGCUUAAGCAUCCAAGCAAGCGAAGAACAUUGGGUUGCGGGGAACAUUGUACCA